AUGCCCCAGAAACAGGUCCCGACCCCGCAGCCCGACGGCCCUCCAGGCGCGUCCACCUCAACGUCGCCCGCUGCCAGGCCGUCGGUGACGCGGUACGCCUGCGCCGCCGCGCCGCCCCGUGACGUCAUGGCGCCCGCGCCGCCGCCGUCUCCGCGGUCGCGUGUGUCUUUUCCUAGUAGCCUGGGCGAUACCUGUCUUUGUAGUGAAUGUUCACAAGGAUUGUCUUCCGGCAUGGCCUUGGGAUUAAGAUGCUUCCGCUUGGUCCACCCUGUCUUUUGUAACUCCUUUGCAGCCUUGACCAGACCUGUUUCAGAAGUGACGCUGAAGACAGUGAGUGGCAGACAAAGUGACCAUGGACAGUACAUGGCCUCACCAGCUGUACCAAUCCGUUAUUUCGCUACCAAGAAAGCCAAAGCCAAAGGGAAAGGACAGUUCCAAACCAGAGUGAAUCUUAAUGCUGCCUUGGUUGAGGAUAUAAUCAGCUUGGAAGAGGUGGAUGAAGAAAUGAAGUCUGUGACAGAAGCGCUCAAAGAUAAUUUCAAUAAGACUGUCAAUAUAAGGACCUCACCAGGAUCCCUUGAUCAUAUCACUGUGGUAACUGCUGAUGGGAAGCUUGCUUUAAACCAGAUUGGCCAGAUCUCCAUGAAGUCUCCACAGCUGAUUUUGGUGAAUAUGGCCAGCUUCCCAGAGUGUACAGCUGCAGCUAUCAAGGCUAUAAGAGAAAGUGGAAUGAAUCUGAACCCAGAAGUGGAAGGGACGCUAAUUCGGGUGCCCAUUCCCAAAGUGACCAGGGAGCACAGGGAAAUGCUGGUGAAACUGGCGAAACAGAACACCAACAAGGCCAAGGAUUCUUUACGGAAAGUUCGUACCAACGCAAUGAAUAAGCUAAAGAAAUCAAAAGACAAGGUCUCCGAGGACACCAUUAGGCUCAUAGAGAAACAGAUGCAUGAAUCCCAAAGUCUGGUAGCUGUGGGACCUCACGCCUACUGCCGCCACUGACCUCCUGAGGCUGUCAUCCAAGGGAAGCUGGAGCUGUAACCAGGGAGCGAGGCAACAGAGGGAAGCGGUUUGACCUGUGUGGGUGUCAGGGACCCAGUGGGUGAGCAAGCGAUGGGGCAGGGGUUAGAAACAGGACAAUAGUCAAUCAGGAGGGUUCAGAGACCCACAAGGAGGAGGGACGGAUAGGGAGAGGUGAGUCAGAGAGAGGAGAGGGAGACAGAGACAGAGGCAAUGAAGAGACAGAGACACGACAUGAAGGCCAGAGGGAGGGAGAAAGAGGCAGAAUCAGAGAGACAAAGACACACACACACACACGCACGCGCGCGCACACGUGCACAUACACAUACAGGCACAGAGUCCGCAGGUAGUGACAGAGAGAUGGAGAUAGAAAGAAACAGAGGGUGAGAGUGAGACUGUCAUCCCAAAGAGAUAUUCUGAGACCCCUAGAAGGAGAGACACUGAGAUAGAGACAGAGACACAGAGGGAGAUAAAUACACGCGAAGAGAGAACACGACAGAAAUCCAGGGGGAGAAACACAGAGGCAGUUAAGACAGGAAGAAAGGAAGGAAAGAGAGAAAAGAAAGAGAAAGAACAGAACAGAAAACCAGGAGGAGACACAUGUAGCCAGAGCUGGAGACUGAGUGAGGCAGAGGGAGGCGUGGGGGGAGAGCGAGCUAUUGAGCUGGUGGCCGCACAGCCCCCCAGACGGCCGGCCAGCCCCGUGUGUGCAGGGUGUGGGUGGAGGAAGAGACUGCACCAGCCCGGGCCAGGGCUGCAGGGACCAGAUAAGGACUCCUGCCAAAGGAAAGCGGGGAAGGAAAGACGUUUACAAAUCCCCCCGGGGGGAGAAAGCCAGGGAGGCUGCCCCAGGCCUAGAGAACAAUGGGUACUUGACUUCAGUGGGUCAUUAAUGAGACAAUUAAUGGAAAGAGUAACAGAGGCCUCCCCAGGGAGGACUCAGAGGGUGGAUGAGUGGAAUUAUUGUGGAGGGCGGUUCUAAGGUCGGGGGGUGGGGGGUCUGUCCCCACACUCCCAGAUGUCCAGCAUGCCAGCGGCAGAUUCCUGGUCUGGGGCUUGGGGCCUCCCUCAGCUCUCCACGCAUGCCCUGUGCUCCCUCCACCCUGGACCCUUGCCAGCCCCCCUUUCCUAUUCCCGUGCCUUUGCUGCUGCCACUUCCUCUACCUGGAAUGUCAUCCCUUGAUUAUCUCCAUCUAUGGAAACCCUGCCCACUCCAGGGGUAAAUAAGCGUGGCACAUCCAUAGAUGCCCUGCUGAGGCAGAGCCACAUGUUUGAAUAAGAGAGCCCCAGAAACAUAAUGGGCCGUGGAAAAAACAGGCAGAGUCAGAGAUACGGUGUGACGCCCCUUACGUAAACUAGGAGGACACAAAAUAAUUUUUAAAAAUUAUUCCCGAUUCCAUUUUGCAUUAUACAUUCACUUUUUUAAGGGAGGGUUGUGAAGAGAUUCUUAACCAAAUUCAUAAUGGUGAUUGCCACUGGGGAUUGGGGGAAAAGCUUAAAGGUACCCGAAAGACAUCUCAUAUAUGUGGAUAGAAAUGAAAACUUGACCAAGUGUUAAAAUUUGGGGUUGUGAAAAUAGGAGUGGUUGUUCCUUUGUUCUCUGGUUUUGUUUUAAAUUUUUUUUUCCAGAGAGAGACAUCUUAGCUCUCCCCUAGACCCAGCUGAAGGCCAUUCCAGCAGGAAGCCUUCCAGGAAUCCAUCCACCAAUCAGAUGUGGCCUCCCUUUUCCCUGGCAUCAGUCUCUGAAGGCUCAAAGUGCUUUCCUUCUUGUGUUUCCCUUUGUGAUGUUCAUAGACUGUCUUCCCCACUGGACAGGAGCCCCUGGAGGACAGGGACUUCCAGCACCAGGCCAGCUCAGAGCCCGUGCCCAGGGGUGUCUGUGAGACUGAACCUAGCUCUCCCAUCCACCACCGUGGGAGGCAAACCACCAAGGCUCUGAUGACAUCUUAGAUCCAAUACCCACAAAUCAAUUUUGGGGAGAGAGGGGUGGGCUCCUGAAAUUCAAAGCAUUCCUUCUAGAAUGGGGAUCUGGGGAGAGGGCAGCUGCUACCCAGAAAUGUUUAGGAGGUCUUGUUUGCUGUGACCAGAAAAUAACCUGGUCCUAGUUAACUAGUGUCUGUAGCACCGUGGCUAAGAAAACCGAACGUAGUCCCAGCUAGUUCCCCCUCCCUAGUGAGGUAGAGAGGCAGUUAGCUCCUCCCACUCAAAAUCUACCUGUUAAAAGAAUCCCUAUUCCACUGGCCCCCAGUGAAUGCCAGUUGCUGGUAAAAUGGAGCCGUUGUAGAGGUGGAAGGAGGGAGAAGGACCAAGUGCUUGCCCACCCAUCCAGGCAGGCGUGGCCCGACCCUAACAGCAGAGCCCAUCUCCUGAGCACUUCGAACUCCAGGCUCUGCCCUGAGAUACAGUAUCUAAUCUGAUUCUCACAGAGCGCCUGCUCCUCCAAGUUGGACUUAGAAAGUCUAAGGGACUUUCUUGAUGGCCCUUAAAUGGUGAAACUGGGACUCUAGUCUGACCUGGUUGGUAGGUGGAGGGGAUGUCUCUGGUGUGGGCAGUGGGGCUGCAUAGCUCUCCUUACUUCUAGGCAACUCCCCCUGCCCUGCCCUUUCUGUUUGUUUUUGAAGGUAGUUUCCUGGAAUCUGUUGUACAGGGGUCUAGGGCGGCCAGAAGCCCUGGAGGACACUAGUGUGCCAGUGCCCUUAACCCCCACAGGAAGGAGUCAAUAGCUGGGAGGAGACUGAGGCACAGAGAGGGAAGAAUGCAUCUCUUAACCGCAGAACACAUGAGUGGUAGCGCUGGGACUUGAACUCAGAUUUCCUGACUGCCUCUGGCUCCCCUGGCUGUCCGUGUAGCAGGGCAGACCUCUCCACAGGAUUUUCAGUCUGCUGGGCUUUGUGGUAUCAUAAUGUCGUCGUGGGACAUAAGACUACAGAGUUUGGGGAACAGGGAGAAAACUUAGAGAUUGUCUCCUUCGGCUCCCUGUUUGCAGUGAUGGGGAAUUUAAGCCCCAAAGAAAGCAAAUGACUCACAAGGCCUUUUUGAUGUCAGGAAGUCCAGGCCAAAAAAAGCAGCCUCAUGAUCCACAGAAUCCCUUGGAUUCUCAGAAGCUAUUGACUCCAACUUUAGAACGCAUUUUAAUAAUAGGUGACUUGGGGGGCGCCUGGGUGGCUCAGUCAGUUAAGCGUCCGACUUCAGCUCAGGUCGUGAUCUCACGGUUCAUGUGUUCAAGCCCUGCAUCAGGUUCUGUACUGACAGCUCGAAGCCUGGAGCCUGCUUCGGAUUCUGUGUCUCCCUCUCUCUCUGCCUCUCCCCUGCUCAUGCGCUGUCUCUCUCUCUCAAAAAUAAAUAAACGUUAAAAAAAAAUAAAAGGAAAUAGGUAACUUGGUAGGCAAACCCAGAGCAGAUUGGAAAUUAUAAAUUAGAAUGUGGGGAAAGUCAGCUUACACUCAGAUGUCUGCUGAAUGCUGAAUGCAUGCCUGCCUGCAUGGAUGAAUGAAGGAAUGAAUGAAUGAAUGGCUGCCCUCACCUGGCUUCCCUUCCUCUGCUCCAUCUCUUGCUGUCAGAUGAAUCAUCUUAAAAUAGCCUUUGUCAUGACUUGGCCUUGCUCAAAAGCCCCUGAGAUCUCUUCAUUCCCUCCCUGAAGAGCAUCCCAACCGGUCUCUAUUCCUCCAUAACGGCCCCUCUGACCCGUCCUCUAUAUGGUGACAAAAUGCAAAUCAGGCUGCUCCUCUUCAGAGGCUCCAGGUCACCUCCAGGAAAAAGCCCCUCAUUCUUACCACAAGGUCUUAACUGCAAGGUUUGACUUGGACAGUCCUUUCAACCGCAUCUCACUCAAGGCUGUCCCUUGCUCUGGUUCCAGGAGGCUCUGGCUCUUUCUCAGGUCCCCAUAGAUGCGGUCAUUUCAGGGACUGUACGUGCCAUUCCCUCCUCCUGGGGCACUCCAGACCACCCCCCCCGCCCCCGCCUGGCUGGCUUCUAUGCACCCUUUAGCUCUCGACCUAAUCUCACUGCUUUUUGGCAGCGUUCCCUGACCUCCCCAGUUUGGGUCCAUACCCUCCGCCUGCUGUUCCUGCAGUCACUGGACUGAAUGGGAUACCACAGUAUCCCAUUUGGUUAUAUGUAAAUGUCUUCAGUGUCUGCCUCCUGCCCAGACUGUGAGCUCCGAGGGGGCAGGGGCUGUGUUGUUCAUCAAGGUACUGUGCACCCAACAAGUAUUUGCUGAAUGAUUGAGUCAAUAUGUUUGGCUGCCCACUGAAAUUGAUUUAUUCAUGCCACAUUUAUUGAGCAUCUACUAAGUGUCAAGCCUGGUUCUCCACACUCCACAGUGGUAAACAAACUACCGUAGAGUCCCUGCCCUCAUGGAGCUCACAGUCUGCUUGGAAGAGGCAGACAUUAAAACGAUGAAGAAAUAACACAAUGCCAGGCAUAGCUAACUGCUAUGAAGGAAAACAAAGCAGGGGUAAGGGUGGAGCACUGUGUGUGUGUGUGUGUGUGUGUGUGUGUGUGUGUGUGUGUUUGUGUGUGUGUUUGGUGGGAGUUGCCAGUGUAGACGGAGCAGUCAGGGAAUGCCUCUUGGAGGAGGUGGCAUUUCAGAGAUGAACCAGGGCUCCUGAGAAAUACAGCCUCUCUCCCCUACUUGGGCUGGCUGGACCCCAGGUGUGUCCAGGUGUGACAGUCCCAGAUAUGCAAACCCUCCGUGCCUCCCAGGGCAGGAGCCAGGAACCCAGAUGGGGCCUUUGGUGAGGCUUCUGAAGCUGGUGUGAAAGCCCAAAGCCGCUCUCCACAACAGCCGUGAUUGGGCUCUUUCUGCGUGGCGAUUGCUUUGUGCACGGAGGACUCGGCUGAUUGUGGCCGGUCGAUUGGCACCCACAGACCACGGCCGCCAGGGUUUACCUCGCACCCCCAGCGCCGCGGCGGGCCGUGUGCAGCGCGCCAGCCCAAUCUCGCCUCCUAUAUUCAGAGUUGAUUAGACGCUAUUUCUGCCUGGAUUUUCAGAAGGCUCAAGAGCUUUUUUAAUCACUACAGUGGCUCAUUACGGUUUUGCAGUGACACUCAUGUCCUUCAGUUCUCUUCUCAGAUUAGAUUCUAUAGUCAGAUGAAUAUUGGAUGAUUUCAUUACAUACAAAUGCAAUCAACAGUUUUGCAUAAAUUUCUUCUCUUUUCUUGAGUUUCAAUUGACCCCAGCACCCGUGGUGGCAGGCACGAUCCACAUGCAAAUGAGCUGGGUUUGCAGCCGGAGAGGGGCCGGGAGGAGGCGGGCACUUGCACCAGCCCGGGGAGGGAGCAGGCCUUGAUUGCUCAGGCUUUGGGAGAGGGGCCCUGGCAGAGGGGGGUGCCGCCCAGGGGGCAGCUUCUAUGGCUGAGGCAGGGCAUCUCCGUUCAGGAUGGUGUUCCUGCAGGUGAACUAGACGCAGGGAUGCUCAGGGUCAGGCAGGCUUUCUGGGCAGGGAAUGGAAUGUGGAGUGACAACCCCCGCAGCUAGGCCCAGAGCAGUGUCUUGGGACCGUGGCUCCUUAACAACUGGUGUGGAUGUAUUUCAAGAUUUUAACAGCUGGUAGGGCCUUAGCGGAGCAUUUGUGCUGAAUGACCCAGCAAAUGCUAUUGUUUUAUUGUUAUUAUUAUUAUUAUUAUUAUUGCCCUCAUAGUCAUCAUCCUGGGCUUGAACUAGGUAUGGCCAGCAGGACUCAAAAGCCAGCCAAGGCAGGUAGGAAAGUUUGGAGGCUGGGCAGCUGCCCUUCACCAUUUUCUGAUUUCUUGCCUUCUUUUUUGGGUGGAGAGGCGGUAUGUUCUCAGAAUUGGGCCUCAGAAAGCUCCUGAUCCUUCCUUUAUAUGGUGACAGAAUCCUUUCUACCACAUUCCUGUGAACAGGUAUAGAAGCUCUUGCUUGUUCUCCCCUGGGGAUGAGGAGCUCCCUCCCUGAAGAGAGCCUCUUCCUGCUUUCUCAGCUCCUUGCUGACCAGGUGCUGUCCAUGAGCAUGAACCUUCCCAUCCCUGACCCUGUGCUCUGGGCCCAGAGCCCACCUCUGCUCCCUUGUGUCACUCCCUGAGGCCAGCAUUUGGGACCGUGCUAUGCUGAGUCACCUUUCCUAGGGCUGGUCUUCUCAAUUCCUGCAGCUUUUCCCAGGAGGCAGCCUCCAGCCUCACAUCUGGGUCUGUCUUCAAUACCAGGCACGAGACUGGAGGGUAUGGGGGAAGUAAGCUGUGUGUGGUCAGGGGACCCAGGGCUGACAGCUAUGCACCUCAUGGUGGGGGGCGGUGUGGGGGGGGGUGGAAAGGAUCCCGAUGGAGACAUUAGACCUGAGGGGCUGUAGGACAGGGGUCUGUGCAGCCCAAACCUCGUUUCCUUCAAGCGGUUCUUUACUAAAGCUCCCCAUGUAAACAGAGAGUGGAGAUCAGGGACCCAGAGAGAGACACAUGGAUGCACAAGGAGUCAGGGACCCAUCGGGGAUGUGACCCAAGCUCCAGUCAUCAUCAUGGACACAGCCGAAGCCCGAGGUGAACAGAGCCACAGCCAUGGGUUUGAAGAGACACAGCUGUGCUGCCGCCACCCCAGGCUCAGGCCCCUGCCCAUCACUGACCUCAGCUCCCUAGACUGGGGUCAUAGACGUCCAGGAAUCUGAACUGAAGCAGGGGUACCUGGUAUUGCUCCCAUGCUGCUGGUGGGACCACUGAGGUCCAGAGAGGGAAAGGUGGGACUGAGAGCCACGCAGCAUGGAUGCUGGGGCCUCCUGGUGCAGGCCCUGAGGACCAUUCUGCUUUCUGCCUGUGAGCAGCCUCCCCAGGCUCCUCUCCCUGCUUACAUCUCUGUGCUUUUCUGUCCCCCGUCUCUCCCGCCUCUAUCCCUGAGUCUGUCUCUGUCCCUUCCUCUCCUUUCUCUCUCUCUCUCUCUACACCUUGCUCUCCCCCUUCCCUCUCCCCAUCUCUCCGUGACUGACUGCCAGUUCUCUCUGCCAGCUGACUUUUACCCCCAGCUGCCUGAGGUACCAGAGCUGGCCUCUGUCUGGGACUGGUAGAUCUGAGACCACAGGGCUGCCUCACUUAGAGCUGUGGCCCCUGGAAGGAGGAGCUGGGGCUGGGGGUGGGCUUCUGAACUUUCUGGAGCCUUCCUGCCGUGGCCAUUCCUUUUCCUGUUCUGCUCAAGGAGAGCAGGAAAGCAGCCACCACAGACCUAUUCUCACACUGGCCUGGAAAAGCCGGGCUGGGAGGUGGGCGGGGUGGAAGAGGAUUCCCAUUGACUCCUCGUGCGGACUGGGAUGAUCCCCACAAGAUCUGGUCGUGGAGCUGGGUCCAGACCUGCUGCCGUGUGUGGCAGGCUCCCCACACGGAAGCUCCCCUCCUGCUCAUCUCCCUGUAGAAGCUGUUCCCUGAAACCCAAUCAAAAUCUGGUCCCCACCCCCUUCCCACCUCCUCUCCUUUCCCUACUCAGCUCUCACUCACCCCAGCACAUGCAGGCCAGAGAGGAAAGAGCUGGGCUUCAGAGGCUGGCAGGUCUUUGCCAGAUGCUAGCUGGGUCAUCUCAGGAAAGUGACAGAACCUCUCUGAGCCCAGUUUCCUCCUCUGCAAAAUGCAGUUAACACUCCUUCCCUUGCAAGGCUGGCAUGGGCACCGAGUAAGUUACAUGAAAGUACCCGGUGCAGACUGGGCAUGAAGUAGACAUCCAGUAAAGCAUUUGUUGUGAAUGAAUGAAUGCGUGAAUAGCGAAUGAACAGUAGAAUUUAGACAUGCACAAGUGGGGCACGGAGAAGGAUCGCCUGGUGUCAGGAAUGGCACAAGCAAGGGCAUGGAGAGGAAAGAGGGAGCCAUGAGUGCUUAGUACAAAGAUGAGAUCCAGAAUCCCAAAGGGAAGUCUUAGCAGAUGAGGUGAGAGAGCCUGGCAGGCUCAGGGCUGGGUAUUUUGUUGUUGUUGUUGUUGUUGUUGUUUUGUUUUAAUUGAAUAUCCCUUGUAGCAGGGAAAGUAGUGAUCAAAAGACAGGAACUUACUGAGUGUUAACCAUGCACAGGCAGCUAAGGAGUAGUUGUAGCAGCAGCUCCCAGGAGGAGAGGCCCCGGACUGAAGUAUUUACAAGCAUGAUCUCAUUUCACCUUACAACGACCCUGCAAGAGAGGUGCCAUUAUUAUUAUCAUUCCCACAUUGCAGAUGAGAAAAUGGAGAUCUGGAGAAGUGAAAUGAGUGUCCAAAGUCAGAUUCAGCCAAGACUUGAGCCCUGGUCUAGUCUGGCUCCAAAGCUGAUUGUCAGUCCUCUUCCAAAGGGAGGACCCGUCCCCGCUCCCCCCAUCUCUGGGCAGGUGAGUCCCUGUGAAUGAAUAACUUAAAAUACUUGGUUAGUGAAGGAGAGUAGAGAGGGCAUGGUCGGAAGGCCCAAAUAUCAAGAAUAUAGAAGCUUUGCUCAGAUGGAUCAGGGAAGGCUUCCUGGAGGGGGCUGGACACAGAGGCAGAGAGCAGGCAGAGGAGGCAGAGGUGAGCCCUGCGGGGGAUGGUGGUGGGGUGGGGGCUGUCACCCAGAAUGACACUGGGGCACCGUGGCUUUGCUGCCAGACAGCCUGGGCUAGGGCUCUUGACCUGGAUCAGCUUUUUAUUGGGGUCCCUCUCCUCGGUCCUACCUGGCCCACCUGUGCUUCCUUCUUGCCUUCUUAGAGUGGGAAGGACAGGUUUCUGGUGACUGCAGACCUGAGCCCCAUUCCCACCUGUUAUUCUUUUGCUGCGGGACUUUGGCCAAGAUGAUUUCCUCUUCCCAUCCUUACCUUCCCCACCUGCAAAAUGGGACUGAUAACGCUCACAAGCUGGCUGAGCGGAAAGUCAGAGGCCAGCAGAACUAGCACAGGGUGACGGUCAGAGCAAGUGGUGAGCAGUGUUGGCUCCCUCUCCCUUCCCGGGACCCCUUUAUCUCUCAAGACAGGCUCAGACCCCUGUUUCAGAGCACAAACAGCCGACAAACAGGAUGUGUGCUGCUGCGGUCAGACUGCAAAACCAGGCUGCCUGACUCCAUCUUGCUGUGUGAUCUCGAGCAAAUCACUUAGCCUAACUCUACGGUUUUCUCACCUGCGAAAUGAGGAUUCAGAGUCCCUUAUCUAAAAGCUGUGAAGUCACAUGGUUUCAGAGCUUGUCUGAGUUUAAAGUCUAAUAGAGAACGUGGGGUCUGGGGCAUGUCUUAUAAUCAGACUCAUUCAUUUUUUUUUUUCCAACAAAACAUGAAUGUUCACACCAGGCAGUGAAAUGAAGAACAAAAAUAGCUUCUGCUUGGUUCAAGUCCCUUUUGGCACAAACCUACAUGACACCUUCUGGCCACUGAAGCUUUGAGGAUUCCAGUAUUGUGGAGACGGGAUGGUAGGCCUGGGGUAUCUACCUCAUCAUGGGACUGCCAUGUGGAUAAAAUGGGUUCCUACACACAGGUCACUCAGAACCACACAGCGAGUACUUAAAGCGUGUGCACGUGCUAUUCGAGAGGUCCCUCCGAAGCCCUCCCACGGCUCCCACGGCUCCAGGGUGAAGCACCAGCAAUUCCAAGCAAGACCCUUUAUGACUGGAGCCCCGGUGACCUGCAUCCUCGGUCUUACCUCUGCCCUGCACACCCGAAACUUGAACUUCAUUGUCUUUUUCCAGUUUCUGAGACACGCCAGGUGCUCUCUCUCUGCAGGCUCUCACACAUGCUGUGCUUUCUGCUUGAAAUGCCUCCAUCCCUAACUACCUCCCUCCUUUUUUUAAAGUUUAUUUGUUUAAGUAAUCUCUACACCCAACGUGGGGCAUGAACCCAUGACCCUCAGAUCGAGAGUCUCGUGCUCUUUUGACUGAGCCAGCCAGCUCCCCCUAAACUUUUAUUUAUUUAUUUAUUUAUCUUUUAGCAAAUCUCUACACCCAACAUGGGGCUCGAACUCAUGACCCCAAGGUCGAGAGUCUCAUGCUCCUCGCCCCAGCCCAACCCCCUUUCUUAACUCCCGUUUCCUCCUGUAGGUCUCCAGCCCUCUUCUGAGCAUAAACCAAGCACUAGGAAAACUGCUGGGCUUCCCCUCUAGACUGUGAUGUCUGGGAAAGCCGUGGCCACAUGCACAUUCUUUUCUGGCGUACUGUCAUUAUUGGAACGAAUGAACAUCCUCACCCGCCAAUGGCUUUGCCAUUAGCUCAGGGAUUGAACACGUUUGUUGAAUGAAUAAAUGAAACAAGGAAGAUCACUCUCCCAUUUGCACCCCAGGAAAAGAUUCUUAGACUGCCCUCCCCUCCCUCUUUCUUCAAAUUCCUGAAGUGAGUUUUUGAAAAGGGACCUAGUCCAGGCAGGAAGCCAGUAGGGGGACUUCUGGGAUUGGGAUAGCAGGGCCUGGGGGAGGUGGCUUCAGUCUAUUAGGCAGAAACUACUUGUCCUGGGUUGGUAGAGGCCUCUGGAGUCUGGGGAACAGAGGGUGGAGCGAAGGAGGCCUCCAGCACUCCGGAGCAAUUGCUAUAAAAUAAACUCCAUAAUCAGGUAAAUGCACUCGUGCGGGGGGAUGGUUCCCGUGCAGCUGCGGACGUCCAGGCCGGAGGGGACCUGUCUAAUCUCAAAGUAAUGAAAACGUGGGUCCAAUUACGAUGGAGGGCCGAGGCUUGGGCCAUGGCCGGAGUUUGGGAGCUGGGCCUCUGGCAGCGGAAUUAGAACAUUUAAGCUGUCAGGCUGAAUCCGGGAGAGGCCUGAUUACCUGGUCCGCGAAGGGGCCGCUUUGGUUUGGUGUCGACUAUAAUUUCCUGGCCGCCAGCCGUGAAGCCACGGGCCACCUUCUCUCCCCUGCUAUGGGGGUCCAGGCCUUGUCUUUCUGACCUCCACCCACCCCCAGACUGGCCCAGAGGGGUUGACCUGGGCCUCCCAAGCUGCGCACGUGGGGCAGAAAGGGAAACAGGUACCUGAGUGACACAGUCUGGUUAUGUGUAACACGGGUUAAGGAAAGUGUGUACAGCGGCCGUAUGCGAAUGACACAUACAUAGGUACACGUGGUACGGAUAUACUGAGUGUCUGUAGAUGAUGUAAGACAUGUCUACGUGGAUUGUAUGCAGCUGGUUUAGCGAUGGGGUGUGCGAGUAAGUCGUGUACUUGGGCUGUAUGUACAGGAUAUGGGCCUGUGAGCGUGUACACAGGUUGUAUGCGGUGUGUGUUCACAGUUGUGCGUGCCGGUCUGUAAGUGCCGUGAGAGCAGGGAGCAAGUCUGUCAUGCUAACUGCUAUACCCCCAGCACCUAGAUGGGUGCCUGGCUUGGUGGGUAGAUAUUGAUUAUAUGAAUGUUGAAUCAAGUCAUAUCUGUACAGUGGAUGCAUGUAUUAAAGGAAGGAGCAUGUGGAGUCUGCAUGGAUAUGUUGUGCGUGUGUGCGUGCGUGUGUGUGUGUGUGUGUGUGUGUUACCUGUCUCUCUUGUAUAACAUGGAAGCAUGAGCAGUGGAAUUGCGUCAAAGGCCUGAACUGUGUGGUCACACAGACCUGUGCUCGAGUCUUGCCUCCUCCACUUGUAGAUUGUGUGACCUCGGGCAAGUCACUUAACUUCUCUCAGCCUGACUGUACUCAUCUAUAAGAUGGAUAAUAGUAGUCACAGGUAACAUUUGUUGAGCACUUACUAUGUGCCUGGUAUUGUGCUCUAUAUGCUUCUCAACAAUUAUUAUCUUACUGACUUUUCACAGUAACCCUUGAAGUAAGGACGACUAUUGCCUGCCCCCAUUUUCAGAUGGGGAAACUGAAGCUCACAGAGGUUAGACAGUGGGGAAGCCAGGACUCAACCCAGGCAUUCUGAUCGCAGUGUGAGCUUUUAACUGCUAGGCUAAACGGAUACUACCUGUUGCAGAGAGUUGCCUGAAGGAUCGAAUAAGAUAAUCCGAGCGCCUAUGCCUAUGUCUGGCACAUAGUAAGUACUCUGUAAAUGUUAUUGUUAUUAUUUGCACAUGGUACAUGUAGAUGGGAUGUAUCAAGUAGGUACAAGGGAAUAUGCAGGAGGUGUGCACGUAGUAUAGCUGUACGAGAGAGGCAUGUGUAGGUGUGUUUGUGGGUGUGUAGAGUGUAGGAACACAUCUACUCAAGAUUUAUGGUACAUAUACUUGGGUAUAUGCACAUAAUGAACACAAUGCAUGUAAAUAAAUGUAUUAUGAUGCACGAUAUUGACAAGUGUUUUAUGAAAUUAGAAAGAACAUAUACUCGAGGUAUGUGAUAUGUAUGACCCUGCAUAUGUAUGACCCUACGUAUGACCCUACAUAGGGCUCUUCACAUUGGGGUGCUCUGUGAAUUGAAAAAUAUAUGUAAAUGAGGGUGAUGACAGGUAUCCGAGGUGCAGGCCUGGCCAUACAUGGGCACAUGUGCACACAGCAUAGCACAUUCGUGUCUGUAUAGAUGUGGUACAUAUACUAGAUAUAGAUAUACAUGCAGUGGAUAUAUAUACGGUACAUACACAACACAUUGCAUGUGGUCUGGCAGGUGCACAUGUAUGUGAAGGGCUUAUGCAUGGGGUGUAUACAGGCACAUUGAUGUAAACAGUGUAUAUGUUUGUGUAAUGCAUAUAUUUGUGUAAUGCAUAUACAUCCUUUUGAGAUAUAUAUGUUUGUGAUUUAUGUCCUGUGUGUCUUUGCUCAAAUGUCACUUCAGUUAAAAUAUCCAUAACCA